AUGGCUUCUAUUUUACCCACUGGAGUGAGAAAUAUGGUGAAAGGCCUCGACGCAAAUCGCUAUGCAACAAAAAAGACCGUCGCUCAGGGAAUGCUAGAUAUUGCACUUCUGACAUCAAACGCCUCUCAAUUAAAGUAUGUUCUCCAAGUGGGGCAAAAACACGAGUUUUAUACUUUGUUAGUGGUGCUGAUCAGCAUUUCCAUAGUUUUACAGCUUAUCGUCGGGCUUUUAUUCGUAGUGAUCGGUGGCCUUGACCUUAACGACCAAGAAGAUCAGCCUUCUGCUCUUAUUCUCAAUGACAUCAUAGUAAUUUUUAUAUUUGUAAUUUCCGUUCUUAAUAUUGUUAUUUCCGCUUUUGGAAUUGAGUACUCAAAUAGUCCUCUUAUUUUGGAGCGCUUGAAAUUUAUUAACACUGAAUAUUUGCGAAAACUUAAUACGACGACAUUUUAA